GACAAGAUCGAAAUCUCUCGAUUUUUUCUCUGAGAAUUCCGAUCCGAAUCUCUCCGUUAAGUGCUGAAAUCUUCAUCAGAUGGCGAGAACGAAGCAAACGGCGAGGAAAUCGACGGGAGGAAAGGCGCCGAGGAAGCAGCUGGCGACGAAGGCGGCGAGGAAGUCCGCUCCGGCGACGGGAGGAGUGAAGAAGCCGCACCGAUUCCGGCCGGGGACGGUGGCGCUGAGGGAGAUCAGGAAGUACCAGAAGAGCACGGAGCUUCUGAUCCGGAAGCUUCCGUUUCAGCGGCUGGUGAGGGAGAUCGCUCAGGAUUUCAAGACCGAUCUCCGGUUCCAGAGCAGCGCCGUGUCGGCGCUUCAGGAGGCCGCCGAGGCGUACCUGGUAGGCCUAUUCGAGGACACCAAUCUCUGCGCCAUUCACGCUAAGAGAGUUACGAUUAUGCCCAAGGAUAUCCAGCUCGCUAGAAGAAUUAGAGGCGAAAGAGCUUAGAGCUAUGAUUCUCUGUGUAAUUGUUGAUGAAGUAGAAAGAUAGAUUCUGUUUCACGUUUGCGUUUCUGAUCUAUAAAUUAGAAUUGCAGAAUCUGUAAUUCAUAUAGCUGAGUAGAAUUAGGGAUCUUGUUCUUUCAGGAAUUAGGGCUGAAUCUGAGGUUGGGUUGAACGAUUUUCAUCCCCAGGAUUGUAGAUGUUAAUUAUAUAGUUGGUUUGAGUAAUGUUUUUUGAAAAUGGACUCGCCAAAGUUAUAAUCUA